CGACAAUCUGUAUUUGUGUCAAAAGUUUAUCAAUCACAAGAAUCUAUCAAGGUUGGUGAGGUUUUCAAAGUCGUCUAUUUAAACAAUACGAUGAUAUUCAAUGGUCAGUAGAUGAAAAAGAAGAAAUAAGUGAAACAAAUGAAAUAAUAAACAAUGAUUUCCUAUCUCCAACUGAAAACACUACACAACAUAAUGAUGAUCUAAACAAACCAAAUGAUUAUAUGAAUCAAAUAUUCACUGAUAUACCGGAUGACUUAGCUUGGCAAUCCACUUCACCAUGUUCAUCCGAAUCCAUUGAUUCAUUCUCAUGUAGUCAUAAUGAUUUAAGUAAUUUAUUAUCAAAUCAAAAAUUAUUCUCUUCAAAUAAAUCACUUGAAUGUAUGAAUAUAGAUAACAGUAUGUCAACAAUGAAUAUUUUAAGUAUAUCAAAUCAUUUUGAAAAUACAUUAGAUCCAUCAUUGUUUUAUCCAAUGGAUUAUACAAUGACACAUAAUUAUUGUUUAAAUGAAUAUGAUAAUCAUUAUAGAAAUGAUGAAGAAUUAUUCAAUAAUAUAAAGGAACAAACAAAGAUCACUUCAAAUGAUCUUAAUGAAGAUGAGUCUCAAUUGGAAAGUACAGAUAUAGCUUGGAUGGAUACAUUAGAUGUUUCUAAUUUACGUAUGGAUGAUGUUGUACAAAUUUUUUCAACAGUUAAUUCAUUAAAAUCUACAUCAGAAGAAAUCAAUAAAUUUGAUUAUUCAAUAUCAUCACCAUCAUCAUCUCCAUCCUCAACACCAUCAUCGUCGUCAUCAUCAUCAUCGUCAUCAUCAUCAUCACCAUCAUUAUCCUCAACACCAUCAUCGUCGUCGUCAUCAUCAUCAUCAUCAUCAUCAUCAUCACCACCACCAUCAUCAUCAUCCUCAACACCAUCAUCGUCGUCAUCAUCAUCAUCAUCAUUGUCAUCACCAUCAUCAUCAUUAUUUCAACAUAAUUAUAAUCGGAAUAAUAAACGUUUACAAUUGAAUCAGAAUUCAAUAUUCAAUGAUAAUGAGAUCAUUUCGAAUGAAGAAGAACACGUUGAACAUAAACUCCCAUAUAAUAAUGAAAAGAAUAAUGAGGAAUAUAAUUCAGAUAGUACAUUAACAUGUUCCGAAGCUGAAUAUUAUAAUAAUUUAAUACGUCAAAAACGUUUAAGAAAAUAUCGAACGAAUAAACGAAAAUCUAAGCAUAGAUCUUUAAUUUCAAAUGAUCAAGAUGGAUCCUAUUCACCAUCAUCAUCAUCUUCUUCUUCUAAUGAUGAUGAUGAUGAAGAGAAGGAGGAGGAGGAGGAAGUGGAGAACGAGAAGGAGAAAGAAUAUGAAAAGAUAAUAAAUAAUCAAUGUAAAAAGUUUACUUAUCAUUCAAUUACUACUAAUUUACAUCAUCGAAAAAAACCUCCUUCAUCAGAGCAUUAUAUACAAUCAUCAAAUGAAAUAAAUGAAUAUGAAUCAUGGUGGCCUAAUCCUAUUACACGACGUAUGCAUAAAGAUUUUUGUUCAACCCUUUGGUUAUCUAAUGAAUUAUCAGAUUGUAAUGAUAAAGAGAUACAACAACAAUCUAUCACUUCAAUGAAUAAAAUCAAAUCAAGAAAACAUCGGAAAUUUGCCCAUUCACAUUCACAUUCACAUUCACAUAAUAAUCAUGAUCGAUGUAAAAAUAAACAAAUGGAAUUAUGGCAAUUUAUAUUAUAUAGUUUAGAGAUUAGUAAAGAUAGUGCAUUUCAAUGGGUUAAUAAAUCAACUGGAUUAUUUCGUAUUGUAAAUACACAAUUAGCAGCAAAAGAAUGGGGUUAUUAUCGUAAUAAUAAAUUAAUGGAUUAUGAAAAAAUGGCAAGAGCUAUAAGAUUUUAUUAUAAAGAUUCAAUAUUACGUAAAUCACGUCAACAAUUACAUUUUCAAUUUGCUAUGCCUUAUGUAAAAUGGGCUGAAAAAUUUUAUGAAAAUAAAAAAAUGUUUUUUUAA